AUGUCUGAAGCAGUCAAGCCGGCUGCCAAACGGAGGGUCACCGCACAAAUCCCACUCCCAUCGCCCAAACUCACCCAUGGCUCUCCGUCAGCCUCAUCCCCCUACGCAACCCCAAACUACCCCUCGCCCGCUGCACGACCUACCGUCCGAGCACGGGUCGAUCCCUCCACUUCUACUCCAACCCAGACUUCCACCACUCGGCCAAGUCUGCGCUCCUCCCAAUCCAGCGCCUCCAUCCGCUCCGCCGUCUCAUUACCGGCCGUCCCGACGCUCGCUCGUCCUCGAUCGCCCGUCAACGGCGUUCACGGCGUCAAGGUCAAAUCGCCAUUGCUCCCACAUACGCCCGAAUCGACCGGUCUAUCAUCAUUCGGGAACGCUCCACGAGCAAGAGUGCGGGCGCCUAGUCCGGGUGGAUUAGCCAGCCCGCUCAAUCAGAGCUAUGGGCCAAAUACGUCCACGCCUCUCCCUGCGGGCGGACGGGUCAGGGCGAGGGUGGCCAAUAUGGCGGGACAGACCGAUGGGGGCAAGUCGUUCAUGGCCGAGACGGAAACCGGUCGGAGAGGAUCCGCAUCGGCCGCUAUAUCCACCGCAACACCUGACCCCACUCCCCGCCCCAAAAUCCAUAAAUCCCAAACUCAACCUCUGACCACUCCUAAUCCGCCCGUCUCCCGGUCUCGCGCGUCGUCCAUCGUCUCGUCCGCCUCUGCCGCUAAGGUCCGGACGUACGCCUCGCCGUUGCCAUCUCCGGCAUUAUCGACUUCGCCUCGGUCGGUACAUGUUGUUCUGGACCAGCUACAGACGGCCGGGGCGGGUCCAUCUACCCCAGUCUCCACGUCGAUUGUAGCCUCGACCCGUACUCUCACAUCUGGACUAGGUAUGGACCGACGUCGCAGUCUCAGUCCUAUCCCCGGAUCAGGAUUCACCCAUCCCCCCGCCUCCGCAGUCGGACCGGCCGCUCUCCCAACUCGGUCAUACCCCCUCACCCCUAUCCUCACGCCCACAUUUCAGGCCGGCCCCAACCCCCUCUUCGCCCAAGUCUACAACCAAGACCCCAUCGCCUCCUGUCCGCCUUCACCACACCAUACCGCCCUCCCUCCCUCCUCUCAUCUCAAAUCGACCGGACGGCGGAUGCCAGAGUAUCCCUAUACGGCCCGACCGGGCGCGGGUGUCCCGGCUCUACCUUUGCCUUUACCACCCGAGCCGGGGGUACGGACGGUAGAGCUGCCGCUGUUGACGCCGACGGUGACGCGCGAACGAGAGCGAGACGGAGAGGGGCUGAGGAAAGGGUCUCAGAGCGGGUCAGAGGUGGACCGAAGGGGCAGUGCGGGUUUGAGUAGUCUGUCUGGGGAAGGUGGGGGCGUGGUGGGACUGGGAUUUGACAGCGGGUUCGAUAGGCGAGUGAGCGGGGGAGGAGGGUCUGGGGUCGGAUCGGGUAGUGCGACUGGGAGGAGGGUCUCGGUGGAUCCGACGAGAGCUGGUGUAGAGGAUGGCACGAGCGCGGGAGACAGGGGUGGAGCGGGAGAUGUCCCUUUGCGAGACGAGGGAGGCAAAAGGGAGGGAGAGAGGGACGAUGAUGGAGGGGCGGAAGGCAUGACGGACGACAAUGGGAUUGUGGAAGAGGCGAGAAUCAAUCGUAAAGUAGCGGAUCUUGAGAUAUCCAAUGCAAGUCUACUAGCUAUCAACCGAUCUCUCGAGAUAUCCAAGUCCAAACAACGCGCCGAGAUCCUCCGUCUCCGCCGCGCCCUCCGAGAAUCCCUCGUCGCUCCUCUUCACCCGGCAUCCCUCCACCCUCACCCAUCCGGCUCGUCGUCCUACUUCCCUUCUUCCGCCGCCUCAUCCUCACCGGGCAGACCAUACCCCUCUCCCUUCUCAAGGAUAUUCCCAAACUCCCCCUUCUCCCUCGGAGAUGGGGAUCCUCAGGUGGACGAAGAGGACGGCGAUGAUCACAUGGCGAUGGCGAGUGAAGCCGAGAUGGAGGAGAGGUGGAAGAAGGUGGAGGAUAUGAUGGGGGUAAUGCAGAAGCGCGCAGAGGGGGCGGUCUGGGCUGUGCAGGAGGAGAUGAGGCCGGCGGGGAGGACGGUCCUGGGUGAUUGGGGCGAAGGGGCCGAGGAGGGGGUAGGGGAGGAGGGUGGAGGGGAUAGUGGGAUGGGUGGGGUGGGGACGCCGGAGAGGGACGGGGAGGGGUGA